AUGAAAGCAUACAUCUUUGACGAUGCGCCUGGAGACCCUCGGUUAGCUCAUGACUCUGGCCGGGAGAUUGACGAGCAGACGUUGGCAGCUCUCGGCGUCAAAUAUUAUCACCUAGAAGAUAUUGGUGGAGUAGAUGAGCUAGCGAACUCUCGCGGAUAUAAGAAUCGUGAUGAGGUGACGAUAUCACCGCAGGCAAUGGGUUCAGCUUUCGAAGACAAAAUACAAAUGUUCUUCUGUGAACAUAUCCAUGAGGAUGAGGAAAUCAGGUACAUCCGUGCUGGAAAUGGGUACUUUGAUGUUCGCGGACAACAAGAUGAAUGGAUACGAAUUCGUGUCGAGAAGAAUGACCUCUUGAUUCUUCCCCCGGCAUCUAUCACCGUUUCACUACUGAUGAUAGCAAUUACAUCGUCGCCAUGA